CGAUGCGUAGUCUUCUACAACAGCCGCUCAGUGUGUUCCGUCUGUGCUGUCUAGUCGAUAACAAUGUCCCGAAAAGUAUUUCUAGGUCGGACUCGAGCGUUUGGUUCCGAUUGUUUGGAGGAAAAGGUAGUACAACAAGAGGUUACAAAUCAAGAUGACGAAAUGUUCAUAAAUCGAAUGACAGGAUUGAAUGCUUUGUGGAAUGAUCUGCUCGAGCAGAAGAAGUUUAGUUCUACAUUAAGGGAUCAGCUGCAAUGCUCAAUAAAAAAUCAGUUAAUACUUGAGGCAACUCUAAAUGAAAGGGAAGCACAACUUCAGCAUGAGUUUGACAAAAUAUACGCGACAUACAAGCCAAUGUUUUCGAGAAAUGUCGAAAUUGGACCGGUUGCAGCAAACAAUGCAACGACAAUUAGCGGCUACCAGCAGGAGCAUGCUCGGCAACGACAACGAUGUGAUGAUGAAAAAAUUCGAAAAGUUUCGUCGGAUGAUGAACACCUACACGAACUACCAGAACAUAUAAGAAUACCAUCUGAACAUGUGAUACAAUUGGAGAGUUCACCACCAAAGGAGCAGGAUCAAUUACUUGGAAAAAGCAGCUACACAUUUGUCAAAGACGUUCCAGCUGAUGUAGAUAAACAAUCCUGUCCCAAGUGUGGAAAACGAUACAGUCUGAUCAGACAUUUUAGGAUCCACACUGGUGAAAAGCUAUUCAAGUGUGCUGAUUGUGAUGCUGCUUUCAAUCAACCUUUUACUAUGGCCAUCCAUAGACGGACUCAUUCUGAUGAGAGACAUCUGCAAGACAUCAUUUCGGCUGAAGACCACUUUGUCGGAGCAUACCCACAGCGGUCGAAAGCCGUACAAAUGCAACGUGUGCAAAGAAUCGUUUCGCCAGCGAUCCACUUUAUGGAUACAUCGCAAAGUCCACUGUAAAGGAGUGGGGGAGCAGGCGGUAUCCGAUUUGUGACUAAUUUUUACUUGGAAAAGUUAUCUGUAUUGCUGAUGGACUACCCUUUUGUAUGAAUGCAAUUACGUUUUGAAUAAAUGUCUCCCAUUCGGGAUUUUUGACUGUCUACAAAA